CUGUGCUAUAUCUGCUCUGCUUCUCCGGGGACUCCAAAACCAUUUCCAUUACGGAAUUUCCUCCUAAACAGCCGGCCGAUAACGCGAGAAUACACUACGUAUGUCUUCUCGAGCCGCCGGAAAACGAACAAAGGAUCAUUACGACACCUAUGUAGGGGGAGGUGCCGAUAAAUCACUGUGAUAUACUGUUUGUGAGACAAAGAGAUGAUGCAGGGGCUUCACCACCAGCAGCAGCAGUUAGCGGCACUCCUCGCGGCGGCGCUUCCUAAAGACGACACCUCCAAAUCAACACCACUACCGCCGCUGCCACAAACUCCGUCAUCGUCAACGCCGUCGUCAUCCGCUGCGACGACGUCCGAGGAGGACGAAUCCUCCCGAAUCGCCGCCCUAACCUCACUUCACCGCACCAUUCUCUACCCCCCUAACUCCCUCCUCGUCACUCACUCCGCCUCGUUUCUAGCUCAAGGCUUCUCUCAGCUCCUUUCCGACAAGUGCUAUUCUGUGCGUCACCCAGCGGCUACAGCUUAUGGUGCUUUGUGCGCUGUGCUUUGUUCUAUCUCCAUGGGCCCAAAUGGAAGGCAGAAUCAUGUUAUACUUGGAAGUUUGGUUGAUCGGUUCAUUGGCUGGGCAUUGCCGUUACUUGGCAACGUUGGAGAUGGUUCACUGGAUGUUGCUUUGGAAGGUCUUCGCGAGUUUCUUAGUAUAGGGGAUGUUGGAGCAGUUGAGAGAUUUGCUUUGCCAAUCCUCAAGGCUUGUCAAGAACUUCUGGAGGAUGAGAGGACCUCCUUCAAUUUACUUCGUAGACUACUUGAUGUUUUAACACUGAUCUCUUUGAAGUUUUUUAGAUGCUUCCAACCACAUUUUGUAGAUAUUGUCGAUCUGCUUCUUGGAUGGGUGCUGGUACCAGACCUUGCAGAUACUGAUAGGCGUGUUAUCAUGGAUAGUUUUUUGCAGUUUCAGAAAUACUGGGUGAAUAAUAUGCAGUUCUCUCUGGGACUGCUGUCAAAGUUCUUGGGAGACAUGGAUGUUUUGCUUCAGGAUGGAAGUCCUGGUACUUUGCAGCAGUUCCAAAGAUUACUUGCACUGCUGUCUUGUUUUUCUACUGUGUUACAGUCCAUGGCAUCAGGUUUACUGGAGAUUAACAUGCUUGAAAAAAUUAAUGAACCUCUUUGCAAAAUGGUGCCUAUUCUGUUGGGGUGCAUAUCUUUAAUUGGAAGGAAAUUUGGGUGGUCAAAAUGGAUAGAGGAUUCUUGGAAAUGCUUAACAUUAUUGGCAGAAAUUUUAAGGGAACACUUUUCACCUUUUUACAGCAUUGCAGUUGAUAUUUUGUUUCAAAGUUUGGAUAUGGAAGGUAAAGAGCAAUUUAUGGGGUCAAAGAAGCUAACUUCCUUUCAAGUUCAUGGGAUUCUUAAAACCAACUUACAAUUGCUGUCUUUGCAAAAGCUUGGUCUCUCCCCAUCCUCAGUUCACAAAAUCUUACAGUUUACUGCACCCAUAUCCAAGUUGCGUUUGCAUCCAAACCACUUAGUGACUGGAAGUUCUGCUGCUACAUAUAUCUUCUUGCUUCAACAUGGAAACAAUGAGGUUAUUGAAAUGGCUGUGAGUACAGUGCUUGAAGAGCUGGAGCCAUUGAAACAAGCACUUGGAGAAACUUUAAGUAGUGGGGACAUGAUCUGUAACACUGCUGUCCCUAAGUCUUACUCGAAAUCUGAAUUGGUUGCAUUAAUCAAAUUUGAUUUAAGGGUCUUGUCAAGUUGUGUUUCCUUGCCUGGGUGCAGCAGUUUUAUUGGACAAGGUGAAAUUGAUACUCUAUAUGUUAGUAGGUCAGAGAAAUUGAUUUCUUGUAUUAUUGACAGAUUGGACCCUUUUAACUCAACUAUCCAGAAUGAUGUGGAACUGCAAGUUACAGUUCUCAAAACUUUGGAAAGGCUGGCUGAAGUAGAAUUUUUAUGCAAGUGCUCCCUAGGCAAGGAAAGAACUGUAGAAGCUUCCCUAGAUUCAGCAUCACAAAAUUCCCAAAAGGGUGAUGAUUGGAGGCAUGAACCUCCAGUGAUAAUCUUACAAUACCUGAAAAAGUUUUCUGUUCUUCUUGCUAAAGCUAUUCAUCAUUCUUCUCCUUUGGCACUCAAAAUAGAAGGACUACAGUGGAUGCAUAAAUUCUGUGGAAAUGUUAUUAGCAUAUAUGAUAAUUCAAAGGCAUUAUUUUCUCCUUGUGAAGCUUUUGGCUAUGUUGAUAUUUUCCAGGAUUUGCUGUUUUCUAUUUUGGAUGCUGCUUCAGACAGGGAACAUAAAGUGAGAUCUCUUGUGGCAUCUGUACUGGAGAUGCUUCUGCAAGCAAAACUUAUCCAUCCCAUACACUUCAUAGUUACCGCUGAGACUGUCCUUGAGAAACUUGGUGAUCCAGAUACAGACAUAAAAAAUGUUUUUGUCAGGGUGCUUUCAAAUAUGCUACCAUUAACAGUAUAUCUUUGCGGUCUUAAUGAUAAUGGACUAACUACAACAUACAUACCUGGUGAUUGUAGAAUUUCUAACAGGACUAACUUGCACUGGAAGCAACUUUUUGCACUUAAGCCACUACCUCAGCAACUUCAUUCACAGCAGCUUGUUUCCAUACUCAGUUACAUUGCACAGCGAUGGAAAGUGCCUCUUUCUUCUUGGAUUCAGAGGCUUAUUUGUAGCUGCCAAAGGUCAAACAAUAUCUCUUUGACUCAGCUUGAGGAGGCAGCUGAUGUUGGCCCAAAGGGAUUAUUGUGGGAUAUCAAAGUGGAUGAAGAUACUCUUGAAAGAGCUUGCUCCGCUAAUAUCCUUGCUGGUGCAUGGUGGGCUAUACAUGAAGCUGCUAGAUAUUGUAUUACUACACGACUCCGAACGAAUCUCGGGGGUCCAACUCAAACUUUUGCUGCAUUAGAGCGCAUGCUGUUGGAUGUUGCUAAUGUGCUAGAGCUUGAUGCUGAUCAAAGUGAUGGGAGCUUAAAUAUCAUUAGCUCAUCUUAUGCUCACUUGUUGCCUAUGAGACUAUUAUUGGACUUUGUUGAGGCUUUGAAGAAAAAUGUAUACAAUGCAUAUGAAGGAUCACUUGUUUUGCCAUGUCCUUCUCGGCAGAGUUCUCUGUUCUUUAGGGCAAAUAAAAAGGUCUGUGAGGAAUGGUUUUCUCGGAUAUGUGAGCCAAUGAUGAAUGCUGGGUUAGCACUGCAUUGCCAUGAUGCUACAAUUCAUUAUUGUGCAUUGCGGUUGCAGGAGCUAAGAAAUCUUGUUGCAUUAUCCAUGAGAGACAAGUCAAGAGCCCAAGUGAAUGAAAGCCUUCACAGUAUCAGAGUUAGGUUUGCUGGAGAUAUUAUGAGAGUUUUACGACACAUUGCUUUGGCUUUAAGCAAAAACCAUGAGCCAGAGGUGUUGAUUGGUAUAAAAAAAUGGGCAACUACGGUGUUUUCUCCAUUGUUUAUUGAUGAAAACCAGACUGUAAAUGACAGAGGGACAUUGGGAUAUUUUUCUUGGAUUAGUGGGCUGGUAUAUCAGGCUAAGGGUCAGCAUGAAAAAGCUGCUGCACACUUUAUCCAUUUGUUACAGACUGAAGACUCACUUACAUUUAUGGGUUCUGAUGGUGUACAAUUUGCCAUAACACGUAUCAUUGAGAGUUAUGUGGCAGUUUCUGAUUGGAAGUCUCUUGAAUCCUGGCUGUUGGAAUUACAAACACUUCGUGCUAAGCAUGCUGGUAAAAGUUAUUCAGGUGCAUUAACCACUGCUGGCAAUGAAAUAAAUUCUAUACAGGCGUUGGCUCGUUUUGAUGAGGGUGAGCUCCAGGCGGCGUGGGCAUGCCUUGAUUUGACCCCAAAGAGUAGUAGUGAGCUAACCCUUGAUCCCAAAUUGGCAUUGCAAAGGAGUGAGCAAAUGCUCUUGCAGGCUAUGCUUCACCAAAUUGAUGGAAAGGUGGACAAGGUGUCACAUGAAUUGCAGAAGGCCAAGUCUAUGCUGGAGGAGCCAUUGUCUGUUUUACCCCUUGAUGGGCUGUCAAGGGCAGCACCAUAUGUCAACCAGUUAUACUGCCUCCUGGCAUUUGAAGAAUGCUUUAAGCUCAAAGGGGCCCAAAACCAACAUUUUCCAUCGUUGUUAAAUUCAUAUCUUCAAACAAUGCACUCCCCUAUCAACCAGAUUCAUCAGGAUUGCAAUAUAUGGCUAAAAGUUCUGCGAGUCUAUAGAGCUGCUCAUCCAACUUUGCCAUCAACUCUUAAACUUUGCAUGAAUGUGAUGAGCCUUGCCCGUAAGCAAGGAAACCUAAUGCUGGCAAAUCGUCUUGAAAAAUAUUUGAUAGACAAUAUAUCUAGCUGCCCUGAGGGUAGUAUCCGUGAUCACAUAAUUUCUAGUUUGAACUAUGAGCAAAUAUUACUAAUGUUUGCUGAAAACAAGAUUGAAGAUGCAUUUACUAGUCUAUGGUCUUUUCUGCGUCCUUGUAUGGUCUCACCUUCAGUUGUUUCUUCUGAUUGUGUUGAUAAUGCUUUGAAGGCAAAGGCAUGCUUGAAACUUUCUCAUUGGUUGAGACAAGACUAUUCAGAUGCCAGACUGGAAGAUAUAGUCCUCAAAAUGAAAGGUGACUUCUAUGCACAUGAAACUUAUUGUGGCAAAGAAGGAUCUAGCUUUAAUAAUGAUCAACUAACUUCUAAGGAAAACAUGAACCUUAUUUAUGAGGAAAUUGUGGGCACUGCUACAAAGUUGUCUUCCCGUCUGUGCCCCACCAUGGGAAAGUCAUGGAUCUCAUAUGCUUCUUGGUGUUUUACUCAAGCCAGGUCAUCUCUGCUUGUACCUGUUGAAACUGCUCUCCAAUCUUGUACCUUUUCUCCCAUUCUUACUUCUGAACUUCUACCUGGGAGGUUUGGGUUAACCAAGGAAGAGUUCUUGAAAGUGAAAGACAUCAUUUUCCAACUUCUUUGGAACAGAUCUCUUGUCAAAGAGUUGAAUGAAAAUGCUGGAGAUUUUGAUGUUUCUUUCAUAUCUUCUGAACAUAUAGAAAAUGAAGGUCUUGCUAGGCCUUUGUUGCAGCAGGUUGUAGAUAUUAUUGAGUCUGAAGCUGGAGCUUCUGGAGCAGAAGAUUUUUGUGGUGAGUGCCUUUCUGCUACUGUAACUUCUAAGUUGCAGAAGUGCUUUGCAACUGUGAAGGUACCCAUGGAAGAAGCUUCUGUGAUCUCCUUGAUUGGUGAUUUGGUUGAUAUAUGGUGGUCUUUGAGGAGGAGAAGGGUCUCUCUUUUUGGUCAUGCAGCUCAAGCUUUUAUGAACUUCCUUUCACAUGCAUCUUCUAGAAGUUUUGAUGGCCAAUUAACUGGUUUUGAUAAAGUCUCAAAGUAUAAGUCCACGAAUUAUACUCUUAAAGCCACACUAUAUGUCUUGCAUAUUCUUGUCAACUUUGGACCUGAGUUAAAAGAUACACUUGGAAUUAUGUUCUCUGCAGUUCCUCUGCUACCAUGGCAGGAAAUAACCCCUCAACUUUUUGCUCGAUUGUGCUCCCAUCCUGAACAAGUGGUUAGGAAACAAGUAGAGAGCUUAUUAGUAAUGCUGGCAAAGCUGUCUCCUUGGUCAGUAGUGUAUCCAACUCUUGUUGAUGCAAAUUCUUGUGAAAAGAAACCUCCUGAGGAGCUUCAGCGGAUACUAGCUUGUUUGAAUGAGCUAUAUCCUAGAUUAGUUCAGGAUGUCCAGAUGAUGAUUAAAGAACUUGAAAAUGUAACAGUCCUUUGGGAGGAACUUUGGCUGAGCACACUUCAAGAUCUACAUGCAGAUGUAAUGCGGCGCAUAAAUUUGUUGAAAGAAGAGGCUGCACGAAUUGCAGAAAAUGCAACUCUUAGCCAUGGAGAGAAGAGCAAGAUAAAUGCUGCCAAAUACUCAGCCAUGAUGGCUCCUAUAGUUGUUGUUUUAGAGCGUCGUUUAGCUUCUACUUCUCGGAAACCUGAAACACCUCAUGAAAUGUGGUUCCAUGAUGUAUAUAAAGAGCAAAUCAAAUCUGCCAUUUUAAAUUUCAAGAUACCUCCUGCAUCCAGUGCUGCACUAGGGGAUGUUUGGCAACCAUUUAACAACAUUGCUGCAUCAUUGGCAUCAUAUCAAAGGAAAUCAUCAAUAUCACUAGGUGAAGUUGCUCCACAGCUGGCUCUUCUCUCGUCAUCUGAUGCUCCUAUGCCUGGUCUUGAGAAACAAAUUACAAUUUCUGAAUCGGAAGAGGGUAAUACUGCUCCCAAGGGAAUUGUCAGGAUUGCUUCAUUCUCUGAUCAAAUAACUAUUUUAUCAACCAAGACGAAACCAAAAAAGCUUUUGAUUGUGGGAUCUGAUGGGGAAAAGUACAUCUAUCUACUAAAAGGGCGAGAAGAUCUGCGUCUUGAUGCCAGGAUCAUGCAGCUACUUCAAGCGAUAAAUGGCUUUCUCCAUUCGUCAUCUGUAACUUAUGGUCAGUCUGUUGGUAUUCGCUUUUACUCUGUGACUCCUAUCAGUGGCCGGGCUGGUCUAAUCCAGUGGGUUGAUAAUGUAGUAAGCAUUUAUAGUGUCUUUAAGUCAUGGCAGAACCGGGUUCAGGUGGCAGAACUUUCAGCAAUGGGUGCUAAUGCAAAACAUAUGGUUCCUCCCCCUAUCCCUAGGCCAAUGGACAUGUUUUAUGGUAAAAUCAUACCUGCACUUAAAGAGAAAGGCAUAAGGAAAGUGAUAUCAAGAAGAGACUGGCCUCAUGAGGUUAAGAGAAAAGUGCUUUUGGAUCUUAUGAAGGAGACUCCUAACCAACUUCUUUAUAAUGAGCUUUGGUGUGCAAGUGACGGAUUCAGAGCAUUCCAUUCGAAACAAAAGAGGUAUUCUGGUACUUUAGCAGCCAUGAGUAUUGUUGGUCACAUUCUUGGCUUAGGAGACCGGCAUUUGGAUAAUAUCCUUAUUGAUUUUUGUACUGGUGACAUUGUGCAUAUUGAUUACAAUGUAUGCUUUGAUAAGGGACAAAGACUAAAGAUCCCUGAAAUUGUGCCCUUCCGUUUAACUCAGACAAUUGAAGCAGCUUUAGGGCUCACUGGUGUUGAGGGUACAUUUAGAGCAAAUUGUGAAGCAGUUCUUGGUGUUUUGAAGAAGAAUAAGGACAUAAUCUUGAUGCUCUUAGAGGUCUUUGUUUGGGACCCCCUUGUAGAUUGGACACGUGGAGAUUUUCAUGAUGAUGCAGCAAUUUUUGGUGAGGAAAGGAAGGGGAUGGAGCUUGCAGUUAGCCUGAGUCUAUUUGCUUCUCGCAUGCAAGAAAUUCGUGUUCCCUUGCAGGAGCAUCAUGAUCUUUUACUGGCGAGUUUACCAGCUGUUGAAUCUGCUAUUGAGAGAUUCACAAGCAUCCUAAAUCAGUAUGAGAUCGUCUCCGCUCUUUUCUACCAUGCUGACCAAGAGAGAUCUAACCUUGUUCUACAAGAGACCUCUGUAAAGUCAAUUGUUGCUGAAGCAACUUCUAAUUCAGACAAAAUCCAAGCUUCACUUCAAAUUCAGGCUCGAGAAUUUGCACAAGCACAAGCCAUGGUUGUGGAGAAAGCUCAAGAGGCUACAACGUGGAUUGAGCAACAUGUCAGGGUCCUUGAUGCUAUCAGAAGCAGUUCAAUUCCUGAAAUCAAUGCCCAUACAACACUGACUGAUGCAGAACAAGCCCUUUCUCUGACAUCUGCUGUGUUAGUGGCUGGAGUCCCAUUGACAAUUGUUCCUGAGCCCACACUAGCACAGUGCCAAGAUAUAGAUAGGGAAGUUUCUCAGCUAGUAGCUGAGCUGGAUCAUGGACUUUCUUCAGCAAUAAGUGCUCUUCAAACAUACUCACUCGCCCUGCAAAGAAUUUUGCCACUUAAUUACCAUACAACUAAUCCGGUGCAUGGUUGGUCACAGAUCCUGCAGCUUGCUGUGAAUAAUCUUUCCUCUGACAUUUUGUCACUCAGUAGAAGACAGGCUAGCGAACUUAUUGGAAAGGUACAUGUUGACAAAUCUGAUACUCUUAAAAUCAGAUAUGAUGAGCUUUGCUUUAAAGUAGGACAAUACGCUGCGGAAAUAGGGAGACUGGAAGAAGAGUGUGCAGAAUUGGUGAAUUCAAUUGGACAAGAGACUGAAAUAAAAGCCAAGGACUGUCUUUUUUCUGCGUUCUUGAAGUAUAUGCAGUCCACUGGCCUUGAGAGGAAAGAAGAUUCUAAUAAAUUGGGAUCAUUGAAUCUUAAAGGGCCGCAAGAUGCUGGGUCACAAGAGAAGUUUGAAGUGAACAAGGAAAAACUUCUAACUGUUUUAAGUAUUGCAGUUAGUUCUCUAUAUAGUGAUGUCAAGCAUAAGUUAGUUAAAAGCAUAACUAGUUUCACAGGGACAGAGAUUCCACCUCAGUCUAAUCUGGGAGCCUUUUUUUGUGAAUUUGAAGAGCAAAUUGAAAAGUGCAUGCUUAUAGCUGGUUUUCUAAAUGAAGUACAGCAGUAUAUUGGCACAGGUUUUGACUCUGCAACCUCUUCACAUGAAGUCAACUGGGCUUCAGUUUUCAAAACCAGUCUGCUUUCUUGUAAAAGUUUGGUCAGGGAAAUGGUUGAGUAUGUUCUACCAGAGGUCAUAAGAACUGUGAUUUUGUUCAAUUCAGAAAUUUUGGAUGUGUUUGGUUCACUCUCUCAAAUCCGGGGAUCCAUUGAUACAGCACUAGAACAACUUAUUGAAGUUGAACUCGAGAGGGCUUCUUUAGUUGAGCUUGAACAGAAUUACUUUGUGAAGGUUGGUCUCAUCACUGAACAACAAUUGGCUCUUGAAGAAGCUUCCAUCAAAGGUAGAGACCAUUUAUCUUGGGAGGAGGCUGAGGAACUAGCCUCCCAAGAAGAAGCUUGCAGAGCUCAACUAGAUAAACUCCAUCGGACGUGGAACCAGAAGGACUUGCGAACCUCAUCUCUUAUGAAGAAAGAAACUAAUAUCAGAAGUGCUUUGGUGUCUUCUGAGCACCAUUUGCAAUCCCUAAUUACUACAGAAGAGGAUAGGGAACCACAUGCUCUAAGGAGCAGGGCGCUUCUGGCUGCACUAUUGCAGCCCUUUUCUGAGUUGGAAUCAGUUGAUAGAACAUUAUCUUCGCUUGGUGCACCUAUUGCAUCUAGAUCCAGUGGGAUUUCUCACCUUGCAAAUUCAAUCAAUUCAGGAAGUCUAAUAUCUGGGUAUAUUUGGAAUUUUCCAGGCAUAAUAUCUAGCAGUCAUGCUUUUUUGAUUUGGAAGAUUUCUCUGGUCGAUUCUUUUCUUGAUUCCUGUGUACAUGAUGCUGCUUUACCUGUUGCUCAAACUUUGGGAUUCGACCAACUGGUGGAUGUGGUAAAGAAAAAACUUGAACCGCAACUUCAAAAAAAUAUUGGGGAAUACCUGAGAGAGAGAGUUGCUCCUGUUCUUUUGGAAAGGCUAGAGAAAGAAAUUGAAUCACUGAAGCAUAUGACAGAGUCAAGGAAGGACUUUACUUUUGAUCAGAUUAAGAAUAAUUUUGGGGCUAUAAAAGAAGUGCAAAUCAUGCUUGAGGAGUAUUGCAAUGCACACGAAACUGUCAGAGCAGCAACAUCAGCUGUGUCUGUCAUGAAGAGGCAGGUGAAUGAAUUAAAGGAUAACCUUCUGAAGACUAGUCUGGAAAUUGUUCAGAUGGAAUGGAUGCAUGAUAUGACUGUGAAUCCAUUGCAAAACAACAGACUGAUGUCUCAUAAAUUUCUUGCAAGUAGCGACAAAUUAGUUUCAAUUCUUCUAAAUAUCAGCAGACCAAAAUUGCUUGAAAGUUUGCAAUCAUCCAUUGCAAAGAUAGCUAAAUCACUGGAGGGCAUACAGGCUUGUGAGAGAACUUUUAUCACAGCUGAAGGGCAACUAGAGAGAGCAAUGGGAUGGGCUUGUGGAGGUGCAAGUACCAGUGCAAUGGGAAAUACAUCAGCGAGGAACUCAGGAAUACCUCCAGAAUUCCAUGAGCAUCUAAUUAGGCGCCGACAGUUGUUAUCUGAAGCUCGAGAAAAGGCAUCAGAUGUGAUGAAACUUUGCAUCUCUAUAUUGGAAUUUGAAGUUUCAAGGGAUGGAUUUUUCCGGACUUCAGAAGAACUUUGUACAUCAAGGACUAAUGUAGAUGGAAGGCUCUGGGAGCAAGCUUACCUAAAUGCUAUAACAAAAUUGGAUGUUACAUUUCACUCUUUUACAAGAACCGAACAAGAAUGGAAACUUGCACAGAGCAACAUGGAGAUUGCUUCCAGUAGUUUAUUCACUGCAACUAAUGAAGUCUGCAUUGCUUCUGUCAAAGCAAAGUCGGCAUCAGGUGAUCUCCAAAAUACUCUUCUUGCCAUGAGGGAUUGUGCCUGUGAAGCAAGUGUAGCCCUUUCUGCCUUUGGAAACAUUACAAGAGGGCAUACUGCCUUGACAUCUGAAUGCGGCUCCAUGCUUGAAGAGGUCCUAGCGGUAACAGAAGGUGUGCAUGAUGUUCACAGUAUAGCAAAAGAGGCUGUGGCUUUGCACUCCUCCAUGAUGGAAGAUCUGUCUAAGGCCUGUGCCAUUUUACUUCCACUUGAAACUGUGUUAUCCAAGGAUGUUACUGCCAUGACUGAGGCUUUGGCAAAGGAGAGGGAGACAAAAACAGAGAUAUCACCAGUCCAUGGACAAGCAAUGUUCCAGUCUUACCAUUCAAGAAUAAAGGACACUUAUCAAGCAUUCAAGCCUUUGGUUCCAUCUGUCACAUCAUCUGUUGAAGGACUUCUUUCCAUGCUUACCAAUCUAGCACGAUCUGCAAGUCUACAUGCUGGAAACCUUCACAAAGCUCUUGAAGGAUUAGGAGAAAGCCAGGAAGUCAGAUCACAGGAUCUUAAUCCAUCAAAAUCUGAUAUCUUUAAUCUUGAUAACAUGUACAACAGUAAAAAUGAGAUCCCUGAAAGUGGAGAGACAGGCGAGAACUUUUUUGAUGUGAGCAGACUUUCAUUGCACGACAAAGGUUGGAUAUCUCCCCCUGAAAGCAUCACGAGUUGCAGCUCAGAUUCUUGUGUCACAUCAUCUGAGACAAGUCUUGCAGAUACUUUAAAUGGGCCAGAUAUCAUGGACCCAAUUCAUCACAGUGUUGAUGGCAGAGAGGGUAGAGAACAUUCACUUUUGUCCCCUUCAGUUGGAAUUCCUCUUCCAGAAAUGUCACCUUCUGAACAAUCAAGAUCUCAAAAUAUACAGGAAACUUCUGGGUUGAAACUAUUGCCAAAUAUUGAAACAUCCUUAUCAACCCAAGAAAGGGUUGAGGACAAUAGUGAAGCUCCAGUUACUAAUACUGAAGCUUCCUGUCGGACAAGAGGUAAAAAUCCUUAUGCUGUUUCAGUUUUGAGGCGGAUGGAGAUGAAAUUAGAUGGUCGAGAUAUUGUAGAUGACAGAGAAUUAAGUGUAGGAGAACAGGUGGAUUAUCUGCUCAAGCAGGCAACUAGCAUAGAUAAUCUUUGCAAUAUGUAUGAGGGUUGGACACCUUGGAUCUGAGGCUUUGCGUAACUCCUCUGUUCAGAAUAUUGGAAGGGAAUCUGUUUGGGACUCUUACAUGUAGGGAAAUUCAUCAAAUUGAGGCCAAUAAGCCUGCAUUUGAAACCAAGACUGCCUCACCAGGACUCAUGAGCAUGUGACUUGUGAUAAGAACAAAGUUUGGAUGAGAAAAAUCUGAGAGAGGCUUGCCAUGUUUCACGAUCUUCAUUUUACUUCCUAGCUUGCUGAUCAGAUAUAUCGGAGGCCUGGUGGUUUCUCCUGGGGUCACUUCAAAUGUAUUCCAUGAACCGGUAAUUCUCUCCCCGAAAUCAAUCAGGUGGAGUGCUCUGCUGUCACACAAGCAUGCACUAUAUAUGAAGGCAGCUACAUGGAUUAGCACAUUCUGCAUCAACACCGUUGCUGUUGCAGUGUUGCCUAUAUGUCUCUGAACUCAAACUCUUUGAUGCUUACAAACCAAUGUGCAGCGGCUCGUGGCAAUUAAGACAUUGUGUUUUCCCUGUAAGUGGCGCCUACUUGUCCAUUGCAUUACGUAAAUAAUUGACGGUGGACACAGGUCGAUACACAUUUAUGUGUAUAAAUUUCUUGUUUGCCAAAUGUAAUUAGUAUUGUUAUUUCUAUUUUUUAGUAGUUAUUUAGUUUUAAUUGCUGUGAUUCAAUAAACAUUUCUAUUCUGCAAUAUAUAUAGGACUAGGAUACAAGAUA